UCCGCCUCUCCAAGCCGUCGUACCACUCAAACCCCAUGACACGAAAAAAGGAGGUGGGAAAAAUCCCACUCAAACCCAACGAUGGCGGGGAGCACGACGGCCGCGCCGGGCGGCACCAUCGGCGCGGGCCAACCGUGGCGCGAUCGGAGUCGGAGGCCCUCGUCAUGGAUUUGUAGCUGUACAGCUUGUGAUCUCCUGGUUGUCUUGUCUGCCACCGGCUGGGCACCCGCGCGCCCACCACCUGCUCGUGCAAAUGCGCGGCACAGCCCAGCAUUUGCACCGCCUGUUGAUCCCGAUGCCGGAUACCCUACCUCCGGGAUGCUUACUAGGAGACCAUGUGCAACCUUCUUGGUGGAGACACCUUUGCGAAAAAUAGACCUGGUCCCAGAGGACUGGCAUUAUUGCUCAAAUCAAGCUGGGGCUUUCUCUGGAUGAUUCAAGGAGCAGGGGCGCAUGCCUGUGAUUUGAAAAUACAGAGGUUGUGUGCUCUUUCUGAAGAAGGCGACAGCAGACCGAAGCCCAUUCACCCGGUGCCGGCUGCGGAUAACUUCAAUUAAAAAGAGCUUUGUUUUUUUUUUGGAUAAAGGAGGGGCGCCGGGCCUCUGCAUGGAGGUGUGGAUUGAUGCACAGAGUCAAUACAUAACCAGGUUGGUUCACUCUAGCUUUAUCAUGCUCAACUUACUCCAGAUCUGUCAGAUGGUUGUUCGGUUGGCAAUAGAGAUACACACGCUUGUCUAAAGUAGUGUUCAGAUUAACUAGCUGGGUUAACAGUAGAAGAAAAUACAUUGUACACAAGGGGAUCUUCUUGGCAAGCACCACAGCUAGCACUACAGUAUUUCCCGAGACAGAUAACCCCAUCCGUAUUGGCCUACUGGCGCGAGUGCGGCAUGCCCGAAGAAAAUCUAUGGCCAUUGCAACCUCGUCCCUACUGCACGCGCGUGCGUGCGCGCUGCCGAAGUGCAAGUGCAGAGCCAUCUCCGGUCGCUUUCCCACUGCCUGCGCCCGCUUAUCAUGCACUGGGCAAUCAUAGCCGACGCAGAAACAAAUCAGCCAGGGGCCAUGCCAUUACCGCCACUCUCGCCGGUCGCCGUCACCUCAUUCUCCAUCCAUCUAUCUUCGUUCCCAUUCCAUAUUUUCUGCGACCUGCUUCAACAUCCUUUCCGAUCCAUCUCUGGAGUCUGGUACAUCCAUUCCAGCCUAUAGAGUAGUGACCGGAGAUGCUACCGCCAUGUAGAACCCUUAGCUAGGCUCUCAGGUCUGAGCUACCUCCCAUAGUCCAUCACCGGCUGCAUGCCUUUCCACUAAAACAUGAGGGCAGCUCCCAUGGCCGUCAGGCGCGCGGCCAUUCUCCUCCUCCUCCACCUCCACCUCCACCUCAUGCUCUUCCAUGCCAUGGCCGCUGCGGCGGGCGAGAGGCGGGCUGGGACGAUCGUCCGGCAGCAGCAGCGUCGGCGGCAAGUGCUUCUGCAGGAGAAGGCCACGCUCCUGGCGUUGAAACGCUCGCUCACCUUGCUGUCGCCGUCGCCUCUGGCCGACUGGAACGAGUCCAACGGCGACGUCUGCGGCCUCACUGGCGUCGCCUGCGACUGGAGGCGGCAGCACGUCAUCGGCCUCUCCCUAGGCGACAUGAACAUCUCUGGCGCCGUGCCGCCGGUCAUCGGUAACCUCACUCGCCUCAAGAGCCUCGACAUGUCUAGCAAUUUCCUCGCAGGGCAGAUCCCAGCCGAGCUCUCCAACCUCCGCGGUCUCGAAGUCCUCGACCUCGGCCACAACCAGCUCAGCGGCGGCAUACCGCCGUCCUUCUCUGAGCUGGCAAGCUUGGCCUACCUCAGCCUUAAGGAUAAUCAGCUCUCAGGCCCUAUCCCGGCCGUUCUCUUCAAGAACUGCACCCGUCUAGGUCUGGUCGACUUCGGCAACAACGAUCUGUCUGGCGAGAUUCCCCUGGAAGCCUCAGAGAACAUUCUUGUGCUCAACCUCUACUCCAACAGGCUAACCGGAAAACUCCCAUGGUGGCUCGCUAACUGCACCUAUCUGUACAUGCUGGAUGUGGAGGACAACUCGCUCGCCGACAAGCUCCCCGCCGGCAUCAUAGCAGGCAAGCAGCAGCUCAAGUACCUGCAUUUGUCCAACAACUACCGGUUCUCGAGCCACGACGGCAACACCAACCUGGAGCCCUUCUUCGCCGCAGUAUCGAACUGCUCCCAAAUACUGGAGAUCGAGGCCGGCGCGGUGGGGAUGGGCGGUCGGCUGCCAACCUGGCUUGGCUCGUUGCUCCCACCAAAUAUAUCGCACCUCAACCUGGAGCUCAACAAGAUCGAGGGGCCAAUCCCGGCCGACAUGGGCGACGUGAUAAACAUCACACUGAUGAACCUGUCGAGCAACCAGCUGAAUGGGACAGUCCCGGCUUCCAUCUGCGGCUUGCCGAAGCUCGAGCGGCUCUCCCUUUCCAACAACGCCCUGAGGGGCAUGAUCCCAGCGUGCAUAGGCAACGCGACGAGCCUCGGCGAGCUGGAUCUGUCAGGCAAUGCGCUGUCAGGGAGCAUCCCGAGCGGCAUCGGGACCGGGCUUGUCAACCUCUACCUGCAGAACAACCAGCUGUCCGGGGAGAUACCGGCAAACCGCCUUGCCGAAUGCAUCCGCUUGCUGCACCUUGACCUCUCGAACAACAGCUUGACCGGAGAGGUACCGGACAUGGUCUCUGGCACCGACAUUAUAUCUCUGAACCUGUCGCACAACCAGAUCAGAGGUGAGCUUCCACGGGGGCUCGGCGACAUGCAACAAGUGCAAACGAUUGACCUGUCCUGGAACAACUUCAGUGGCAUGAUCUCCCCGCAGAUUGGGCUCUGCCGGGAGCUGGAGGUUCUGGACCUGUCGCACAACUUGCUCACCGGCGUCCUACCGUCGUCCCUCGACCUCCUCAAGGACCUCAAAAACCUGGACGUCUCCAACAACUCCCUGACCGGUGAGAUCCCUGCAAACCUGACGAAAUGCACCAGCCUGAAACAUUUCAACCUGUCAUACAAUAACUUCGUCGGCCAUGUGCCCACCACUGGCGUCUUUGCGGACUUCACCUUCCUGUCCUACAUUGGCAACCCACGGCUCUGCGGCUCGGUGGUGAGGCGCAACUGCCAAAGACACCGCCCAUGGUAUCAGUCCCGGAAGUAUUUGGUCGUGAUGUGCGUCUGCGCCGCCGUGCUAGCAUUCGUGCUGACAAUCCUCUGCGCGGUCGGUGCCUGGAAGAUCCGGGAUUGGCUAGCUGCAAUGCGGGAGGACAUGUUCAGGGGCCGACGCAGCGGAGGCUCGUCACCGGUGAUGAAGUACAAGUACCCGCGGAUCACACACCAGGAGUUGGUUGAGGCGACGGAGGAGUUCAGCGCAGACCGGCUCGUCGGAACGGGCAGCUACGGCCGCGUGUACCGUGGCACGCUGCGGGACGGCACCAUGGUUGCCGUGAAGGUGCUGCAGCUCCAGUCAGGGAACUCGACCAAGAGCUUCAGCCGCGAGUGCCAGGUCCUGAAGCGCAUCCGCCACCGGAACCUCAUGCGGAUCAUCACCGCAUGCAGCCUGGCGGACUUCAAGGCGCUGGUCCUGCCCUUCAUGGCGAAGGGCAGCCUGGAGCGGUGCCUCUAUGCUGGACCGCCGGCCGAGCUCAGCCUGGUGCAGCGCGUCAACAUCUGCAGCGACAUCGCCGAGGGGGUUGCCUACCUGCACCACCACUCACCGGUCAAGGUCAUCCACUGUGACCUCAAGCCAAGCAACGUCCUCAUCAACGAUGACAUGACCGCGCUGGUGUCCGACUUCGGCAUCUCCCGGCUGGUCAUGAGCGUUGGCGGGGUGGCCAACAUGGCCGACGUCGGCGCCUCCACCGCCAACAUGCUGUGCGGUUCCAUCGGAUACAUUCCUCCAGAGUAUGGCUACGGCUCGAACCCGACGACGAAGGGCGAUGUGUACAGCUUCGGCGUUCUGGUGAUGGAGAUGGUAACGAGGAAGAAGCCGAUUGACGACAUGUUUGAGGGCGGGCUGAGCCUGCACAAGUGGGUGAAGAGCCACUACCAUGGCCGGGCCCACGCGGUGGUCGACCAGGCGCUGGCCAGGAUGGUUCUGGACCAGACGCCCGAGGUGAGGAGGAUGUCGGACGCGGCCAUCGGCGAGCUGCUGGAGCUCGGCAUUCUCUGCACCCAGGAGAGCGCGUCCACGCGGCCGUCUAUGCUGGACGCCGCCGAUGACCUGGACCGGCUCAAGCGGUACCUCGGCGGCGACACCGCCGCUACAUUCGAGUCCUCGUUGGGCUUCUCAUCCACGGUAGUUGAAGAUAUUGAUGACUAGCUUAGCGGUGGCAAACUAUCAAAUUAACAGGGAUACGUUGUGCAUGCGUGAUUAGGAAUUUAUGCAGUCGUGAAGGGAGAAGAUGAUCACAAGAUGUAUGUUUAUCAUUCUUUCAAAGUGUCUGAUUUGAUGUAAUAUUAGCUUUAUACAUAGGCUUGAUUAAUUACAGACUGAAUUAAGUUCAGGAAGUAACUGAUUAGCUCAGUGUGACGGCUA